UCAUCGAGAAUGGAAUUUAAAUCUAUACAGAAUACUCGUUUGUAGAUUAUUAGUAAUUCAAAUUUUUAAUAUGUAUGUAUGCUAGGCAUUAAGGUGGGUCUCUAACACUAAAACUAUUUUUGAAUAAAAAAUCACCCAGCUAACUUAUAAACACACGGCAAACGAAAUCGAAUAAUUUUUAUUUAACCCUGAUAUGAAAUACUGUUCAGGUAGAAGUUUUUGAAUACAUGCCUGUGUGUGUAUAUAGCACUUUAUGCCUCCCUUUCAUUUACAACGGUAUAGCCAUCAACGUCGCACCACUGGUAUAAAAAAUUCCCUCACUUCCGGUAUCUACACAAAAUGUCAAUAUUUGACACAAGUAAAUGACCAAAUGGGCACAAACAUGACAACCAAAUAUACCUAUUGAAUAUGUAUUCGUCCGCAUUUGAAAUCCGUUAUGCCUGAAUAGUUAUUGGUGAUACACUUCAACGAUUUCGGAUAAAAAUUUCAAUCUAAGUAAAUUUUGGCACGAACCUUUUUAAUUCCAAAGACUUAAACUUUAGGUUACUAAAAACACUACACAUUUAUAUAUAUGUGUACAUAAACGUAAAAGGCAGGAAUGUAUUUGUAAAGUUUAUAUAAAAUCACAUCAUAAAUACCAGCAAUCAGUUUCUGAUGCCAUUUGGUCCGAACCAUUGGCAACCAAAAACAAGCAUAUUGAUUGCCGGUAGGUAGUCAUCAACCUGGUGCGAUCAUAGCAUGGGCGCCGCAUAGGUAAACAGCCGAGAUAUAAGGAAACAAAAAGCAACAGAAGGUAGAUUUUUUAAUAGAAAAGAACAUUUCUGAAGGUUAACUUUCAAGUAAUACGAGGCUAGGCGUAUUAUUAUUGGAUAGUUUUCUGUAAAUUUUCAUACUAUUAAAGAUCCAAAUAAUAUCCAAAAAUGCUAAGCUAUAAGUUGUAAAUCCUGUGAGACUCUUUUCAUCUAGAACGCAAUCAGUCUAUAUACAUAUAAAUUACUGUAUUAUAGAGUACAAUAUUUUCUCACAAGGCUCACACCAAUGGUUGUUGGCAAUUUUAGCUAGACAAGAAAACACCAUAUCAUUUCUCUUAUAAUUUGCGACAACGCAUACACAUAAAAACCAUAUUCACGAAUAGAAAGUUCAUCGUAUAGCUGUCAGCACAAACAGACGACAGACCCACCGUUUACUAUUUGUUUCUGGUACGUAUAGAAAUAAAUGUUAGCGGACAGUUGCACCAUCAAAAUGCAUGCAUACAUACAUACAAUCAUGCAUUUUUAUAUUUUAGUGGGUUUGUUGCAAAGAUUUAACAAAAUCAGAAAAUAUACUGAUAUAUGAAUGUGAUUGGAAUAGUUAAUUAUAGGGUGGAGAUACUAUGCACACGAGAAACUUGUAAUGAGAAGUACAAAUGCAUGCAGUUAAUUAAUUCAUCGUAAGAAUCAAAUGUUAUUAUAAAUUUAUAAAAAUAUAUAUAGAAUAAAUCAAUAUAGUUUAUAUCAGAUAAAAUAAUUCAUAAUAUAUUCUAUAUAUUAUCUUAUAAUAGUUUAAACUAUGAAAGGGCACAUUCAUGAAGUAUAGCGACACAAUUUAUCAACAUGCUGGGCCUAGAUGAUACGAUAUGACUUAGGGGAGGGCACAAUAGACCAUAGGUCGCGGUGCAUACCUCGAAACUAAUCUAAUCUAAUCUAAUAGCGACACAAUUUAUAUCUAAGAAAGUACAUGCAUAAACAAAUUUAAUUUUACAUAUUAAAGAGUGAGCUCUACACAGCAGUCUCUACAAUGUGGUGUGGGGGAUAUGUUGAUAUUUCACGGUUUUGUUUUCAUUAUACAAUUCGUAGUACAAAACACGAUGUAGUACACCGCAUAUAAAAUUAGAGAAAUAGCAAAAAAUUUAAAUUAAGCUACAAAUUUAUAUUUGCGUUGUAAAGUAUAACUAAUAUACACAUGCUUAGUAUAAUUUAGUUAAAUAUGUGUAUGAAUACAUAUAUAAACAGAAUAAAUGUUUACUCGUAUCUCAAUAUUGUUUGCCACUACUGUAGCGCACAAAGGAGUCGCUAGACUCGGCCCUGGCUUUUUAAAAAUGGCGGUUCGUCUCUUUUUUUUUACGCGUUUUACUACAAAUAUUCCUUAAUUGAAGGUUAGAUACAAAUUUAUCCCUUACGUCCACUAAACUUUUGCUCUUGUAAAUCUUUUACAUUACUAUUUAUUAGAAAAGAUAACUGCACUUAUACUGCUUCAUUAAUCCCGGCAAAACAUCGUUAUGCAAAAAGUCUCUAUAUCAAAUUGAAAUUUCCUACCUCAACAUGAAAAUUUCAGACGCCACUCGAAUUUCAGCACUCAAUGCCGCCAAAAAUUGUAUUUAAAAGCUUAUUUAACACUUUAUAAAUUUUACACACAAACCUUUCUUUUGUAUAUUGUAUACUUUCUGCUCUGCGCGUUGUGUUGUAUUUUCGGUCAACUAUUUUUUUAUCGCAAAUAAAAUGCAGAUUUUGGUUCUCCGCUUACAAUGCACUCACACACGUCCGCUUGAAUGAAAUCCCGCACAAUUGCAUAUUCACAAGAGGCGAAAGAAAUCAUGAAAACGUCAAAGAAAUAUCCCUCUGCGGUGAAAACAGUGCGCCUAGAUGACAAAGCAUGGGUACAGUUGGCCACAGCAGAGAUAUGAACCGCUUGGUUAACAUGAAGUGGUGAGAAAUAAAAAAAUCGCAUGACUUUAUUUAAAUUGAAGUUACGUUUACUAAAACUCCAAUAUUAGGAUUAUCAUGCAAACUAACACAUACGCACUAUGCAACUCAUAAGCCUUAUGCGUCAAAAAGAGAUGAACGAUCGCACGUACACAAUAUUUAAAGUUAUGUUUGUCAAUUCGGAUUUAAGAAACUAAUAGAAACUUUCACAGAAACCUCCGGUAGCGCUCUUGGGUAAUUAGCCAAGGGUUUAAAGAAUAUUGUGUUUAUAAAAAGUGUGAUUAUUGUUAUAAAGAAGAAUACUAUAUGAAAUAGGAUGGCAGGGUAAGACUGCUUUUACUUAUUAGCUAUAUUUAUUAUUAAACAGUAAUAAAAUUCUGAAACCAGUCAUACUACUUAAUAUACUAAAUUGAAUAUCAAAAGCAAAAGCAACAGAAAAAUGUGUUUUUAUUGCUUAUUUAAAAUAAAAAAAAUUUAUUUUAAAAGCAAUUUAAAAUUUUUAAGAUGUCUACUAUUGUGAACUAGUGUGGUGAGAGUUUUAUUACGUUAUAAUUGUGAAUGAAUUCUCGUAUCAAGAAGUGGCACAAAAUAAGCGGUUUUGUGUAAUUUGUUUUUGUUUGAAAUUUAUUAGAUUUUGUAAAAUGUCUGAAAAUAAAUAUAAAAUCUGUGAUAUUUGUAAAGAUAAGACAAAUUGUACAUUUGAUCUACUAAUGUUCGGAGAUUGGCAACAUACUCGAGAUAUAAACGUACAUUACUUUUGUUUGUUACUCUCUACUAAUCUACCACAAAGAGGCAAAGAUUGCAGUGGUAUAAACGGCUUUCUGGUGCGAGACAUACGCAAAGAAAUUAUAGCCGCUUCCAAACGUCUGUGUUGCUAUUGUGGCCGUCAAAAUGCUUCGAUACAAUGCUUUAAAUGUAAUGAGUACUUUCAUUUACUUUGUGGACGACAAAAUCGCUGUCUAUACACAUUUGUCGAUGAUUUUCAUUCAUAUUGCGAUGAAUGCGUCCCCAGGAAAGAGCUUCAACCGAUGGGAUUGCAGAAACGCCCAUCUAGUUUUGAACGUUGUAGCAUUUGUCGCGACCAAAUGGGCUUGUACAAUGAAAUAACGUUUAUAUUUGGUAAAUGCUGCAACCGAGGUUAUGCCCAUUAUAUAUGCGUUCAACAGUAUGCAUUGGCAGCUGGUUAUUAUUUGCGUUGCCUUUGGUGCCGUAGCAAGGAUUUUCGCGAUUCUGUAAGAUCACAGGGAGUUUUUGUCCCGGAUAGGGAUGCACGUUGGGAAACUCAGAAAGGCAUAUAUACCGACUUAUACCGUGGACACAGCACCUGUAAUAUGGAAGUGUGUCUUUGUCCAAAAGGACGUGAUUACCAUAGUGGUAAAUGGUCCGUGAUACUAUGUUCAUUGUGCGGCAGUGUAGGCGCCCAUAAUCCCAAAUGUUUAUUAGGCAAAGAAAAUGCUAAAGAGCCCUUAACCACAUUUAAGUGUGCGACUUGCGCGAAUACCGAAGCGAAUGUCACUAGUUUGCAAGAAAAGGAAGCGUUAACGUCGAAUACGAAUGAUGUGAUCGAUAAGAGCAUUUUUAUGACAAAGAACAAUGCUAAUGUAAAUAAAUCAGCAGUGUCUAGUUUUGUAGCUACCUUCUCCGAUGAAGACGAAACAAUGUCAUCUGAUAGUUUUAUUACUGUAAUUCCAAAAAAGGAGUGUGAAUUGAAUUCAUCAACAGGAUCCUUUUCGGUGUUAAAAAAUCGUACUGACGAUUCAAUUAAGAAUAGUAAUACAAUGUUUUCAAUAGAAGCCGAGUCUACUGACAGCGUAAUUGCAGUUCAAGAAACUGUCUUAAUACAUUCCACGGAUAGUGACUCAUUCAAUGAAAAUUCAAUAAUUAUACCAAAUCAAGUCCAUCAUCAAGACGUAAUACAAUCAAAAGACAGUGAUUCCUGCGUCGCAGACAAUACAAAUAUAGCGAAAGAAACACAGCUACAGCCGCAACCGCCGCUACUACUUAUUGAUGAUGAUGAGACACAAGUAUUUGUUGCUGAUACACCCCGCGAAAAUAUCACCAAAGAAACUCCAACAGCGAAAAAGAAAUUAAAUUGUGAGAUUCAGCACGAUAACAUACAAGAAUUGAAUGAAAGCGUUUCUAAAAUAUCUAAAACAAAUGUAUUAAUGUUGGAAUCGCAAAAUACAACAGUACCUUCGUACUGUAAAAUCGCAAUGUGUCCGGAGUCCACACUAAAUUUGGUAUGUUCGGAAGUCAAUAACACAUCGGACGAUAUUAACCAAUCACCUGUUGUAUCUUCUUCUUCCCAACUUGAAGAGCAGGAUGAGUUGGCAUGCUUUCAGAUCUACGAAUAUGAUGAUGCAGAAGGAAAAUGCAUUGGCAGUGCUACAGUACGCAUUAAUUUAAGUGAAGAGCGGUUUGCUGGUUUGACCCUGAGAGAUAUUGAAAUGAAUUCCAGUAAGCUGUUAAGGAAUGAUGAUAUAAUAGAGCGUUGCGAUGAUAUUGGCAUCUUUGCCAAAAUCCAUUCGAUAAUUGAACUGUACGAUUUAGCAAAAAAUUAAAAAAAUAAAUACUUAAAGAGAGAGAGAGAGAGCUGAUGUUUUCGUGCCCAAAAA